CGAAAUGGCAUCAGGAAAUUUUAUCGAUCAAUAUUUUUUUGUUCUGUAUUCCAUCAUGGUUUGUGUUUUGUAAGAAAGAAAAAUUCCAUGAAAUAAAGCUCGAAAAUUGUAGGGAAAUGGGAUUAAUAUGGAACCAUAUGAAUUUGAAAGCUCGCCAACACCUAGAUUUGCUUUAGUAAAAAAAUAUAGUCCAAUGUUGUACAAGAGAUACCUUCUGUCUAAUAACCUUAUUGUGUAAGAAUGUAUUUUUAAGAUGUUGGUUUUAAAAUUUAUAAAGCGCUUUGUUAUCUAAUUUGAGAAUGAGUGAAAAGGAGCAUAAUCAGUGGCGACACUCGCGGCGUGAAGCUUUCACCAUGCGGUCUUCAUCAGCUCCUCAAAGUCGGCCAACUAUUACUCCUCAACGCUGGAGAGAUAUUCCCUGUCCAACUGUGGGAUCUUUUAUGGUUGCUAAUCGACUUGAAGAAGUUUUAAUGGGUGUUGUUCCAUCAGAUUUGCCUUUGAAGCAAUUUUGUGAUCUCUCAGAAGAGGAUCUAAGAACCAAGUUCAAUGUUGAUGACGAUGAGAAAGUUAAAUGUGUCAUGACUGUCAUACAGCUAGCUAAGGAAUUUGAAAAUACAUGUCCUUAUGCCAUGUGCACCAGGGUUGAACGAACAGCAUCAUCUCCUACUAUCUCCCCUAAGCCUUGUGAAUAUGAUGAUUUGCUUUCACUUUUCCCUCGAAAACCUCGUCCAAUAUCUCGCCAAAUAUCAGAAGAUGUCCGUGUGAGAAGAGAAAGUUUUGGUUCCAGUCCGCAUUCACAACAUUCUCCCAAUCAAGUUGAGUCUUCCAACUUACUACGGAUGAGGGCAUCGUUAAUGGGUCAGUCAGCUCCUUCUCUUUCUGCUUGCAUGAAGGAUCUAGUCCCACCUCGUAGAGGAAGAGCUGCAAGGAAGUCUUUUAUUAAUACUUCUCCAACAUUACCUCGCUGUCAUUCACCAGUAUUGCAAUCUGUGCCUGUUGACAAUUUAAGAUCCAGCAGUCAUACAGUUAAUGCUCCUGUCAAACGUGUUGAUGGGCGUCGAUGGUCCCUGGCGUCUCUUCCAUCUUCAGGGUAUGGUACAAACACACCUGGAAGCUCUAAUGUUUCGUCUCAGUGCUCAUCCCAAGAGAAGUUGCAUACUCUAGCACAUUCUGCAAUUGAUGAUGGCCAUUGCUCACAUACUCAUUUCAGCAGUAAUGAAAGUAAUCCAGGAUUAGAAGAAGAUGGAAGGCAUUCCCCCAUUGUCCGACCUAGAUCCAGAAGUCUCAGCCUGGCCUGGUUGUGUCUUGCACCUUUAGAUCCUUUACGUUCUCCUGGUGUUGAUAGUGAAGUUGUAGCUAUGAAUAAUGUCUACAAAGAAAGGUUUCCUAAAGCUACACAGCAAAUGGAAGACAAAUUACAUCAGUUUUUAAAUGAACACAGGAACUAUGAUCAUAGUGAUUCCUUAGAUGCAGUGGCUCGCUUUGUUCAUCACCAAGUCAUUCAAAUGGCUGAAGAUUGUCUUUCUCAAUCUCAGAACCAAAUUGUAACUUCACAAUAUUUUUAUGAGAUGUCUGAAAACUUAGAAAGACUAUUAGUCGAAUGUCAAGAAAAGUCUCCAGGAGCUGCUCAAUAUCUCAAAGGUUUAAUUAAGAAGCUAUUGGUUAUUAUCUCACGCCCUGCUCGCCUUUUGGAAUGUUUAGAAUUUGAUCCUGAAGAAUUCUAUCGGUUACUGGAGGUUGCUGAAGGACAUGCUAAAGUUCAACAAGGGGUGACAACAGAUAUUCCCAAGUAUAUCAUAAACAAACUUGGUUUAAAUAGGGAUCCUCUAGCUGAGUUAAGUCAAGAAUUGGCUAAUGAAUUUGACCCACAAGAUCAGAUUGAUUAUUUAACAAAAACAGGUAGAGAACUUUUUCCAAAAUCAAAACCUCCAUCAGAAAGUGACUUUGAAAAUAUUAAAUUAAUAAGCAAUGGGGCUUAUGGGGCUGUCUAUUUAGUGAGACAUUUAAAGUCGAGGAUCAGAUUUGCCAUGAAAAAAAUCAGCAAGCAUAAUUUGAUGCUCAGAAAUCAGGUAGAACAAGUAUAUGCUGAACGAGAUAUUAUGAGCUUUACUGAUAAUCCAUUUGUUGUCAGUAUGUUUUGUAGCUUUGAAACAAAGAAACACCUGUGCAUGGUAAUGGAGUAUGUCGAAGGAGGAGACUGCGCUACUCUUCUGAAGAACAUGGGACCAUUACCAGUUGAUUUGGCCCGUUUUUACUUUGCCGAAACUGUUCUAGCUGUCGAAUAUUUGCAUAGCUAUGGAAUCGUUCACAGGGAUUUAAAACCUGACAACCUAUUAAUUACUGCCAUGGGUCAUAUUAAAUUAACAGAUUUUGGAUUGUCAAAAGUUGGGUUGAUGAAUUUGGCCACCAACUUGUAUGAAGGUUAUGUUGACAGAGAAACUAAACAGUUCACUGAUAAGCAAGUGUAUGGAACUCCUGAGUAUAUAGCUCCUGAAGUGAUAUUAAGACAAGGCUAUGGGAAGCCAGUAGAUUGGUGGUCAAUGGGAAUUAUUCUCUAUGAGUUUCUUGUAGGUUGUGUUCCAUUUUUCGGUGAUACUCCUGAGGAACUUUUUGCACAUGUUAUAAAUGAUGAAAUUGAAUGGCCUUCAGACAAUGAGUGGCCAGCCACUGAUGAUGCCAAAGAAUUGAUUUCCCUUUUGCUUCAACAAAAUCCCAGGGAACGCCUUGGUUCUGGUGGAGCUCAUGAAGUAAAAGAUCAUAUAUUUUUUGAUGAGAUAGACUGGAAUUCUUUAUUGCGUCAGAAAGCUGAAUUUGUGCCUCAACUUGAUUCUGAGGAAGAUACCAGCUAUUUUGACACUCGAACAGACCGAUACAGUCAUCAUGACCUUGAUGAUUCUGAAGAGUUGGAGGAUCCUGAUGAAAGUUCAUUGUUUAGUAGCUUUUCAUCAUGCUCACCUAGGUUUAGAAAAGUGUAUUCAAGAGUGGAGCGAGAGCUUGAAGAAGAGCAUAUGCUUCAACAUGCCAAAGAAGAAUAUCGAAAAUCCUUCAGCAGAUCUGAUUCUUCGGACCAUUCUGAUAGUCCCAAUUCAUUGAUGGGAAGCUUGGCUGAAACACCAGAAGAUGUUGGAUCUAAAGAUGUUUUCUUACCAUUCGAUGCAAAUGGGAAAUCAUUGUCAACUAGUAUGCUCAACUUGGAGAGUGAGAAACAUUUCUCUAUUUCCAAACUUUCUCAUCCUGGUACAAAAGAUAACCUCCCCAGAUUUUCUAUCAGUACAGAGUGUGAUGUAAUGACAGAGGAUCAUAAAGAGUUAUCUCCCGUUGAAGAAACUGAUGCCAAAGUCUCGCCACAGAGCCAUCCACCUACUUGCACUGCCAACCGCAUUUUUAUUCCACCCAUUUCACCUAUGUCAAAACAGAACUCUCGAUCUGUCAUCAAGUCAGCAUCUGUAUCUGGUCUUUCUCUCAUAAUUCCUACAGAAGAGUUUGGCCCUCCACCCAUUGGCUCACCUGGUGGAUCGAGCACAAGUUCAAGAGAUGCAUCGCCAAGCAGAGAAUUAAGUCCUCUUGUUGCCCAACUGAAACCUCCAAUUAUAAUUCGCAAAGGGCCCAGAGGAUAUGGUUUUACUGUUAGAGCUAUAAGAGUUUAUUAUGGUGACUCAGAUGUAUAUACUGUUCAUCAUUUAAUCAUGGCUGUUGAAAGUAAUAGUCCUGCAUUUGAAUCCGGAUUAAGACCUGGAGAUCUUAUUACCCAUAUAAAUGGUGAGCCAAUUCAAGGUUUGCUCCACCACCAGGUUUUGCACCUUAUUCUCUCUGGAGGUGAUCGUAUCAACAUACGGACUAUUCCGUUGGAUAGUACGACCAUUAAAUCUGGUGGUCGUAAAAGGAAUCCAUCUGCUAUUAAAAUGGCUAAACGGCCGUAUUCCUGUAGACGCCGCUCAGCUCAAGUAAAACGAGAUUGUCAUUCUGAUAAAAAGCGUAGAGCCUCUUUACUUCGACGCCUGAGUAGCAAGAGAGCAAGUGCUGAAAUUCACCAAGUAUCUGGUUCCUCACCUGUUCUGACACCUAGUCGCAGUUUUCAGUCUUUCACACGAAAUCUGUCAGCAGCUGACAGCCUGCCUGCUUCUCCUACUAGAACAAAAAGUCCAAGAUCACCACCGACAGCCAGAUUAUGUUCUCAGUCUGAUUCACCUCAUUCCACUGGAAAUUCUUCUCAAAGCAGCUCCCCUAGUUCAAGUGUUCCUAACUCACCAGCAAGCUCAACUCAUCUUCCUCAUUUUCCUCGUCCAAGUUCACUUCAUGGUUUGAAGCACAAACUCACACAAACAUUCCAUUCACCUAGGAGAAAGUCUGUGGGACACAUACCUCUCUCUCCCCUAGCUCGUACUCCUUCACCCUCACCCAUUACAUCGACAUCUCCUACGCGAUCACCAUCUCCUCUUGCUUUUCCUGUUGCUCAUCAUCAUCCUACCAAUCCUCAAAUUGCUUCAAACUUCCAAAAUCUCAAAUCAUCUUCAGUAUCACCCUUAUCCGCUACCAUCUGCUCAUCAGCCAAAAAAUCUUUUAUGAGACCGAAAAGCGCUGAACCAAGUUCACCACUUUUAAGAAGAGCUCUCUCCCCAGACAGACUCCAUCCAAAGUCAGCAGAAGUUAAAGCGAAACGAGAAUCAUUUUCUGGUCAGGCUUCUCCUCUAGCUUUAUCCUCAUCUCCAUCUCCUCGAGGACAGUAUCUGUCUCAUAGCAGCUCUGGUAAAUUAUGUGUAACAUCCCAGCGAUCUUCUACUUCUUCAUUUACUGUUUCUAGUGUGAGUAAAAGUAUCAAUGAUAUAAUUGAUGGAGACUGUAGCACUUCUUUUGAAAAAGAUAAUACUUGUAAUACUCCAAAAUCUAGACUUGAGGGAAGAAUAAGUCGUUCAACAUUUUCUCAGUUGCGGAAGAGAGGAGAAAAACCUUUUAAAUCUUUGUUGAGUCAACAGCUUUUUGCUGCAGAUCAAGAAUCCUUAAAAGACACUAAAUUGCCUGAGCCAACAGAUGCAAAAGGAACAGCACCAGCAACUCCAGACAUAGAAAUAACUCAAUGUUCAUUAUCUUUGGAGUUGGAAGAAGAAGUCCCUUCUAAGGGGAUAUCACCAUCUUUGGUUACCAUAACCAGUAGAGGUCGUAGCGAGUCUGAGCCAAUACCAUCUCUUCCAGAAUUAGAUUCCUGUUUAGAAAUUGAUGAAUUGCCUCCUACCAAUCAGGGCUCUGCUUUUGUUUCUGAAAAGAAAUGUGAUAUCCCAAACCCAUCAGUUAAAACUGAAUCAAGAAAUUCUGUCAAAGAUACUAAAACUGAAAAUAAAACAACUGAGAAACAAGAACCAAUAGUAGAGUCUUCGAAAGCUAAACCGUCUGAGAUAGUCAAGUCUGAAAAUUCUGUGAGUAAUCAAUCUUCUAAAGUUGAAACUCCAAAGGAAAAAGCCACUUCUGAAAAAUCUAAACAGUCAUUUGAAAAAACUCAAUACAAAGAAAAGAGUGCUACUAUGUCAACUUCCGCUACCUCUCAUUCAAAUCCCAUUGGUGAUGUGAAAAGAGUACCUGUGCGAAAAUUGGGAACGGUUGAAAAGGUUAAUUUAAAUAUUGACGAGCCAAAGAAGGAUGAGAAGAAUAAGUCGUUCACCUCAUCAGUUGAAAUUAAACUUUCAAAAGCAAAAAGUGAUAGCAAACCAGAACUCAAACCCUCCUCAGAAAAUGUGAAAAAAGAUCAAAAAUCUGAAUCCACCAAAAAAAAUGAUAAAAGAAGACCUGAUAAGGAUUAAUAAUAGUUUUUAAUUCUAGCAUGUGAGAAUGCUCUAUCUCAAAAUGAUUUUUAGUACUACUAUAAUUUUUACAAUAAAAAAAUUUGGUUGUAUAUUUUUGUAUAUCUUGUUUUAUUAUAAACUAUUUUUAUGAUUUAAAGCACUUUUCAUACUUUUAUCCUGUUCUCUCUCAUUGUCAAAUGUGUUGUAGAUUUUAUUUUGUGUAUUUCCCUUACAUUGAUGCAAAAAAAAAAAAAACAUGUUUUGUAGGAAUAUAGGAACAAGGUAUGGUAUGGUAGUAACUGAUGUUAGUUGAUUAAAAUGGCAGUCCUCCUUCUGCUGUUUAGUAGUAUUUAAGGACAUUAGUAUAUUUGUUUGUUAUUUACUAAUAAUCAAAUUCACUACUAAGUUUACAUUUAAUGCUUUUUCUUGUUUUUACUUUUUAUUCAUUCUUACCUCAUUUGUUACAGUAGUAAUUUUCUUCCAAAUUUAAACUUUUUCAGUUUUUGAAUCAUAUAAAUAUUUAAACUAUUUUGAAAUUUUCAAUGCUUUUGAAUAAUACCACAGAUGAUUGUGCUCCAGAAAAAAUCCUGAUUUCCGGAUUUUUCACUAACCGCGAUCCUAAAGUUUCCGGAAAUCCAAGGUCCAAAAGUUUUGAGAAAUCAUCAAUCACAUUUAUAAAUAAAAAUUCUAGUAUAUUUUAUUUAAAAAUAUUUGAACUAUAAUUUAUACUUUGCAUCUCUUUCCUUUGUAAAUAUUUUUUCUAGCAAAGUAAUAAAUGUGAUUAGAGAUAAAAGUAAACUUAUAUAUAAUUUUUCAUUUAAGUUAUGCUGUAUAUAAUUUAUUUAGAAUUUCAUAUUUUGAAAAUAUCAAUGAUUUAAAUUUAUAAAGAUAUUAAUUUUUUGAAAUUCGUUAUUAAUAAUUUUACUCAAAAAUUUUUCAGGAUUUUUGAGUUUGGCUCACAAUUACCCCUAUAAUACUCAAUUCUUAUGUAUUCACGUAUCAUACUCAUUUUGCUUAUUAAAAAUUUUUUUUCUCACUCAUUUAUAACUUUCUAAAUUUUUUUAAUUGAAUAAAUAUUUGUUACUAUAAAAUAAACAAAAAGUUUUUUUUUUCAAAGCAUAGUAUUAUUAAAGAUAAUGGGGAAUUUUAUACAACACGAAAAAAGUUUUUAUAUCAGGGGUUUCAUAAUAACUGUGAAAACAAGUAUAUUUAUUAGGGGUUAUAACUUAAUGUUUAAGCUGCAAAAAUGCUACAAACUAACAAAUCACUGAUGUAUAAGACAACAAUAAACACUUCAGAAUGGAAUUGAAAUAUGAGUAUUUGACACACUAUUAAGUUUCAUCUGGCAAUCAAACUGUUUUUGAUAUUUUUCAUACUAGCAUCUUAACUACUGAUUGAUAAUGAUUAUUUUUUUUUUUUUACUUCAUUUUGACAAGAAUUUAAAAAAUACUUAUUAAGAUUGAAGAUUGCAUUACUAGUUUCUCAAAAAAGUAAAUUGCAUUCGAAAUAAAGCUAUAAGCAUAAUUUUCUGGAAAGAAGGAGGAUUGUCUAUUUCUCAUAUAGUUUAAGAAUUAAAUUGUUAGUUGCAAAGAGUGUAUAGCUAAAAUAAAAUUGUUGGAUUAAAAUAAGUAUUAAAGCACUUAAAAACUGAAUUAAGCUUAAAAUUGAAGAUUGAGUAUGUGUGUAUGCAUGUUAUUAUUGCUAUGUGUAGAAACAAUUGCAGUUGUUCAUGAAUUUCAUUAAAAUUGAAUCUAAUACUGGAAUAUUUUAUGUAUCUGUAAAUGUAUUUGUACAGAUGUUAACGUAAUAUUUGCUUUCAUAAACUGUUUCCUUUGUAUCGAACUAUGAAUUCAAAUAUUAUUUGUGUGAAACGUAAGGGAAAGUGUGCUUAGAGCUUGUAUGAACAUGUAUAUACACUUGAUCAAGUACAAGUAUGUUUAAUACAGUAAAAUUUUUUGAAAGGAAAUUAUUUUAUCUUGUUUCAGUAGAAUUUGUUAAUGGAUAAUUGCUCGAAAGGAAAUUUUAGAAGUUAAGAAGUAAUCUUAUUGUGUAAGCUUGCUAAAAGCACUUAGUAAUUAUUCUAUGUUAAUGCAGUUCAAUUCAUUGAAAUAUUUCAGUAAAAAGUUGUAAUAAAAUGUGCAAUUGUCACUGUACUGAAUGUAGUGCGAGGAAAGAAAAAAAUUCCAAUUAUUUAACUGUUGAGGUUUAGGGUUUAGAUAUUCUAAUUAAAUUUUUUGUUCCUUAGAUUAUUUGCUGUGUUGUAUUCAUGUAUAAUUUUGACCCCCCUUUUUUUCUUCCUUUUUUUUUUUACUUAUUUAAAUUUUGCUUCACGAGGUAUACUUUAUUAUGAAAUGGUUUGGUUAGUAAUGUUUAAAUAAAUAACUAGUAUAACAAUACAAAAAUUUCCUGUAAAUGAUAUUCACGAAAGUAUCAAUUAAAAGUCCAUAGUUUCAACAGCAGUUGCUUUGUCUAAUGAAUAUAGCAAAAAAUGCUAUAAUGGAUGGUGUUUGCUUUACUAGAGAGCGCUACAGGCUCUUUACCACCCAUUUUUACCGAGUCACGAUGGUAAGAAGCUCGAGAUUUUUUUUCUCACGUUCACAUUGAAAACACCAUCCAUUCCAUGUUGCUCCUUUUUUUCCCCUAUCAAUAUUUGCAUCUGCUACUUAAAUAUCAAACUAUUUAUUGAUUCAUAGAAAAAAAAAAUUAAUAGUAGCCUCAGUGGUUGCUUUUUGUUCUAAACAUGGCCAUUGUUCUGCUUUCUUUUUUUUUACCACUCUUCAACAAUAUUUGCCUUUGCUACUUAAAUGUAGAAAUAUUUUUUUUACUUAAUGCAUGCCAACGUUUUUUAGUCUGGAGUCCAAAUUUAAUAGAGCUCAUAAUUUUAUUUGUUAAACAUGUGCAUUUUCUGAAGUUCUUCAAUCAACUUUAACAUGCUAAGUUGACUUUUAAAAAUGCAUGGAAAAUUUUUAUGUAUACUUUUUAUUACAUCAUAAUUCUAUUUAAAUAGAAAAUAAAUAGAAAGGUUUAAACUUCUUCAAUGCAUUAAUCUUCUGAAAUGUUUCAGACUUAAUAACUGACUUAAUCUUCUGUCUCUAAAAUACCUCAAUAGUAUCAGAUGCUGAUUUUAAAAAUAAGGUUCUCUUUCAAUAUUUGUCCUUUAUAUUCCUUUUUAUUUUUCUCUCCUAUUUGUCAGUCAAUGUUAUGAAAACAGCUUUAAGUAUUAAAACGAUAAUUGAAAUGUACAUAACUUGAAAUCUGAAUCUAAAAUAUUUUCUAUGGAAAGUUUUAAAAAAUAUUUCUCAUUAAUUUUUUAUUAAAGUUGAAAAGUUUUUAUCUGAAUCUAAUAUUUUCUAUGGAAAAUUUUAAAGAAUAUUUCUCAGUAUUGAACUUUUAUUAAAGUUGACUAUCUUUAUUUAACAUUGAAUAUCUAAUUCUACUUUUUUCCAAAUGUGCCACAAAAUGAGCUUUUGUUGUAUUGUUUUAAAGCUUGUUUGAACUGUCUUCAUUGACGUAUUGUCUCAUUUUACUGCUCAAUUAUCUUUUGAAGUCGUUUUGUUUUCUCCCUUCAGUUAAAAUAGUUUAAAUUUAUUCACAUAACAUAUAAAAAUAAUUUAACUUUUAAAUUGCUAGUAUCAAAAAAUUUUAUGAAAUCUUUAGUAAUUAUCUUAUUUUAAAAAGUUAUCUGUAUUAAAAAUAGAAGUGACGUAAUCAAGGAUGCAUGUGCCUUCAUAUGCAAAUUUCCCGGUUAUUGCCAGAUAAAAACAGAAUUAAAAAUAAUUGUAUUUGAAAAAUCUAGAUGUCAUCCAUAGUAAUAAAUUUUUAAUUAUAUUUCUAUUUUUAAUUAAAUGUUUAAUUAUGCUCUUUAAUAACAAAACUACUAUCUCUCCUCUUUUUAAGAUAUUAAUGUGUUCAGAAAAUUCCCAGCAUUCUGGAAUAGCACCCCCCUUUUUUUAUGUAUAUAAUUCUUCACUCUGGAAAGAAAUGGAUUUUGUGGUGAUUAAAUUUUUAGAAUUUUGCUACUUUAUUAAAUUCAAAAAGUAAUUCAUCUGAAAAAUUAUUCCACUACCUAGAAUUUUUUAGUUUUAAUUACAUCUGAUCAGAUAUAUUCUAGCUGUCUAAUUUAAAUAUUUUGAAGAAAACAAAAAAAAUUUUUUUUUUCAUAAUUUAAAAGUAACAUGGAUUUUUGACCAAAUUUUUUUAUACUAGUUUAAAAAGGUUUUGUUUAGUUAUAAUAAAAAAGUUUGUUCAGCAAACUGGUCAGUGAAAUCUGUCUUCCUGUAAGCAUUAUUACAUUUAUUUUAAAUUUGUUUUUGUAUUGCAUUAGAAAGUUCGCUGUACGUUAUUCUAAAAGUUAGCGUUGGUACAAAUCAUUGUUUAACAUUUAUUUGAAUAUUUGUUUUGAUUAAUUUUCCUGAAGUUUAGGACCUAUAAAACAAAUGCAAUUUGAAAAUUUAAAACCAUAAUAGAACAAACUUAAUUUUUUUAAAGAUAAAAUUUAGUUAUAACUACAUAUGAUACCUACUAAUGAAGCUGAAUUUUUAAAAUAAAUAUUGGUAGUAAAUACUACUGCUUAUAAUCCAUUUUUUUAUUAUUAUUAUUAUUAAACAGAAGUUGACAUUUUGCUUAUCACUGUACUCAACUAUUUCCUUUCUACUUAUCUUUCCCAUUGAUACAUUUCUAUAGAAUAUUGUUUUGAUUUUCUAAGAGUCAAAAUAUGUAAGUACUACUAGAUUUUACAAUUUUUCAAAAGACUAUUUCUCUCAUUUUUAAUUUGGUGAUGUAUCAUUCAUUGCUACACAAUAAGCAAUUAAAUCAAUUGAUGUAUGUUUAUUUAUUUUGCUCAAUUUAAAAGUUACUAAAACAAUAUUAAUGUAUUGAUAGUUUUUUGUUAAAUAAAAUUUGUUUUUAUUGCUUAUUUGCUAAUAUCGACUGUAAGAAAAUGAAUUAUUUUCAUAAGUAAUGCUUAAUUUCUAAGUCAUAUUGAAUGUGGUAAUUAGAUUUUUCACUGUAUGGGAACAAGCAUAUUUUUGCUUUUUUUUUCACUUUGAUUACCGUUUCUGAUGCUUGUGGAGUUUUUUUUCUCAGUGUAAGAUUUGUUUUUGAGGAAAUAACUAUAUUUUAUCUCAUUAUUGUAUACUUUCCUUUGUAUAAAAUUCACCGUCAUUGUAAAUAUUUUAAUAAUUUUUAUCGUAUUUUGGUGAAGCAUGAACUCAUUAAAUAUUGUGAUAAAUCAAUGGCUUAGAAAUAAUUGCUUAUGUCUUUGUGCAGUCAACUUAUUUAUUAUUGCUUGUCUGUGCAAUUAAAAUUGUAAGCAAAAAUAAAGUUUCAAGCAUUUUGUGCA